AUGCAGAGUUGCACCCACGGGAGCACGAAAUCAUUUGGCUCCACAAAGUUAUUGGAUGCAUGCGACCAGUAUUGCUAUUUAUUCAUGGCCAUAGUUCUAGAGCUCACUACUCUUGCAACAAUGGAGCGCCUUCUCACUCUUUUUUUCUAUAUUUCCGUGUUUUUCCUUCCCUUUCCUGAUGCAUAUGCUCAAUCUAAUCAAAACAUGUCUCUAGGAACCACUCUUCUAUCUUCGUCUCCAAACAACUCAUAUUGGGCUUCUCCUUCUGGGCACUUUGCGUUCGGGUUUUACCCGAUCGGAAGCGGCCAAUUUCUUGUUGGAAUCUGGUUCAAUAAGAUCCCAGAAAAAACACUUGUUUGGUCAGCAAAUAGAGAUCAACCGGUGAAAAAUGGAUCAACAAUUCUGCUAACGAUCGAUGGUUGGGUCGGGUUUACAGAUUCACAAGGCCAACAAAAUUGGAUAUACAAUGGCUCCGAUAGGGUAAAUUCAGGCUCCAUGCUUGAUACUGGUAAUCUUGUGUUGGUGAGCUCUAACACAUCUGUAAUAUGGCAAAGCUUUGAAUAUCCAUCUGACACAUUGCUGCCAGGCCAAAACUUAGCCCAAGAGAUUACUCUGUAUUCCAAUCACAUGGAUGGAGAUUAUAGGACAGGGAGAUUCACCCUAGUGUUGCAAAGUGAUAGCAAUCUUGUUCUAUACCCGACGAAUCGUAGGUUUAUUUUCCCUAAUGGAGCAUAUUACUGGACUGGAACAGAUGGAACGAAAUCGCCCGUUUAUCUGGUGUUCAAUCAAACUGGAGCUAUCUACCUCUUGAGCUCGACAAAUCAUAUAAUCUCCAUUAUUUCUUCUCAUUUGGUAAACACAACUGAAGAUUAUUAUCAGAGGGUGACACUCGAUAGUGAUGGGUUCUUUCGACAGUACUCUCGUCAAAAGAGUCCGGAUAGUAGCCUGUCAUGGACUGUGGUGUCGACAACCCCAAGCAACAAAAGCGCUUGUGGGAUUCCAGGAGUUUGCGGGUACAAUGGCUAUUGUGUUUUAGACCAGGAUCAAAAGGCAAAGUGCCUUUGCCCUGACAAGUUCUCUUAUCUUGAUCCCAGUUAUCCUUUUAGUGGGUGUAAAAAGGAUUUUAUCACAGGGUGUGAAGGUUAUACACCAUCAAACUACUCAAUGGUUGAAUUACAGGAUGUUGAUUGGCCUAAUGGGGAUUAUGAAAUGUUGACUACAGAUAAAGAGAGUUGCAAGGAUGCUUGCAUGAAAGACUGUAAUUGUGAUCUUGCAGUUUAUAGAGUCUCCUUUUGUUAUAAGAAGAGGUUGCCUUGGCUUGAUGGUCGGCAAGAUCGCACGAUUGGGUUAAGGGCUCUCAUCAAAGUUGCAAAUGGGAACGAGCAGCUGAAGAUAGCUAAACAACAGCAGCGAAGCUUGAUCAUGGUGAGUGAAUUUCUCAUAGGCUUCUCUGCGAUUAUUUUCCUACUUUCUCUGGUUGUUAUUGCUUGUAUUCUUAAGAAAAGAGCAGGUUAUCCAAGGGUCCCAAGUAGUGUAGAGCCCAUAGAGAUUAAUCCAAUAUCAAAUCUGAUACCAUUCAAAUACAAACAUUUAUUUGAUGCCACUAAUGGGUUUAAGGAUAUUCUUGGGCGUGGUUCAUUUGGGACUGUGUACAAAGGGGUAUUGGAUUUAGGGCACCAAUUUGAAAUUGCAGUGAAACAGUUGAAUAAGGUGGUGGAAAAAGGGGAAAAGGUGUUUCGAACCGAAUUAAGUGUGAUUGGCCAGACCCAUCACAAGAACUUGGUUCAGCUGCUGGGCUUUUGUGAUGAGAGCGAUCAUAGGCUUCUCGUCUAUGAAUUCAUGCACAAUGGUACCCUAGCGGAUUUCCUCUUCAGCUCUAUCAGGCCAAGUUGGGGUGAAAGGGUUGAACUGGCAUUGGGGAUAGCAAGAGGGAUCACUUAUUUACAUGAAGAGUGUAGAGCACCGAUCAUACAUUGCGACAUUAAGCCACAAAAUGUACUUCUUGACAAGUUUAACAUCCCAAAGAUAGCUGACUUUGGGUUGGCAAAGCUCUUACAGCAUGACCAAACCCGAACUGACACAGAUAUUAGGGGAACGAGGGGUUAUGUUGCUCCGGAGUGGUUUCGAAAUGUUUCAAUCACUGCCAAGGUUGAUGUUUACAGCUUCGGUAUAAUGUUGCUUGAAAUCAUAUGCUGUAGGAAGAGGAUGGAUUUGGGUCAAGAUGACGAGAGACAAGUGAUCUUAUCAGAUUGGGUUUACGAUCGCUUCUGUGAAGGGAAGGUGCAUAUGCUGAUAGAGGGAGAGGAUGAAGCACUCGGUGAUUUAGAACAAGUUGUAAGGAUGGUGAAGGUGGGAUUGUGGUGUAUUCAAGAUGACCCAUCUAUGAGACCAUCCAUGAAGAUCGUUAUUCUCAUGUUAGAAGGCAUUAUUGAAGUUGAUCAACCUCCAUCAUCCUAUGUAAGUGCAAGAUAAUAAGAAUGUUCAUCACUCAGGUUGCUAAGGUAUUGAUUCAAAUGGCUACCUCUUAUAAAUAUGAUGGACAUGGGUUUGAUGACCUUUUGCUUUAGG